AUGGUGUUACCUCGACGGCAAUCGUCACAGUCAGAUAGGAAACCGCCAGACAUCCCGAGAGUAGGGGAGGAUGGAGAAGAACUUCAACAGCAACACCCAGCCCCGCCCUCCAAAACGAAAACAUCCCUGACUCAGGGAGUAUCUACAACUAAUCCGAGCACCUCUGACCGCCCCCCUGCAGACACUAGAAACGAAGUUAUUGAGUCGGAGGAAGGGAGCAGCAAUGACGACGUCAGCGAAACUAGUGCAGAUUCAGACUUCGUCGAACAAGAGGACACAUGGGUACGAGCUGCACAGGACCUGGACGAAACUAUGUUACUUCUCAGUCAAAUCAACAUCAGAAUCCCAACACAAGAGGUGGAGAAAAGGCGAGAGGAAAAACAAAACCUUACAGCGAUACUCUACUUCCUUGACAGAGGGCUAGACAUCGAGCCGGUGACAGACUGGGUAGAAAGCGAACUAGUUCGCAACAAGGGCCUGAACGUCUCCGAAACGCUAUGCAUGGAUAACCGCAAUUUCCACAUUCGAUUUACAAAUCAAGGAGAUAGAGAUCAAGCACUGUCGAGAACGAGACUCACUCACCUACGUCGGGAAUUUAUCAUCUUGAAGUGGACCCCGGAAGCUAAAGAUCACCAGUAUAUUCCAGACCGAUAUCCUGUCUGGGUUAGGUUCCCCGAACUGACGACCCUCCAGUCCCAAUGGUUACCGGAACUCGCCAGCUUCCUAGUACCUGUUCUACUCCCACCAGUGCGCAUGCCAAAAACAACGCAACGUAUGUGCAGGGUCUGCGUGGAGUGGACACAUGGCAAGACGCCUCCAACCAGUAUUGUAGCUGAGUUAGAGAAGGAAGUGGCACGAAUUCCAGUGGAUGUCACACAUCUUCCAAGCUCAUGUUUCAAAUGUCGAAAGCAUGGACACGUUGCCAAAACCUGCCCAGGAGAUCCACUCUUUGCGCAAACAAAAGGAGGAACGAACGCAUGA